UUCCCGCGUGAAAUUGUACCUCGAUGUGCAAGUGGUAAUGCUUCUAUACAAGUAGUGAAUUUGUGGCUUCUACACCCAAACAUCCGAGUAGUAGGCAAACAGAACAAUGGCGACCACUACUUGAUCUUCCUUCUUUUGCUCUCAUUCUCCCUCCUUUUAUUGACAGCGACAAAAAACCAUCUAUUGACAGCUUUGCAUUCAUCAACAGGUACUCGAGUAUUCAGCUGGUUUCACUCAUUUCGCCCGUCUCAUCUCGUCUCGCUAUUCGAUUCGGGCGGGCUGGGACGUGCGCACUACUUGGUACUUGGUGUCACGGCCGGCUGCACUGCACCGCACGGCCACUCACCCUCUGGGCCGACGCCAUCCAUUUACCUCCGUUGUUGCUCCGCGUCUUGUUUUUGUUGACCGUCGCAUACCAGUCAGUCACACUUCGGUUGACUACUAGUAUACAUACAUUCAACGCCCCUCCAGCAUCUGCACGCGUCGAUAGCUUCGCGCCGCUGUCGUCGCUAUGACCGUCGUCAAGAAGAAGACGGGCACGCGGGGGUCGGGCGGCAACAAGUACUACUGCGACUUCUGCAACUCGGACAUCACCUCUACGGUCCGCAUUCGUUGUGCCCACAACGCCUGCCAGGACUACGACCUCUGCGUCACCUGUUUCUCCGAAGCCAAAUCAAACCGCGAACAUGAUCCCCGCUCCCAUCCAUAUCAAGUCAUUGAACAACACUCCAUACCUAUAUUCACCGACGACUGGGGCGCCGACGAGGAAUUGGCACUGCUGGAAGGCGCCGAGCAGUACGGCCUGGGCUCGUGGGCAGACAUCGCAGACCAUAUCGGUGGCUACCGGACAAAGGAAGAGGUUCGCGAUCACUACAUCAGUACCUACCUCAACAGCUCAAGAUUCCCCCUCCCUGAACAUUGCUCCCCCGAAGAUGUUGAGCUCAGCAAAACCAUCACGCGCGAGGAGUUCCAGGCAAAUAAGAAGCGGAGGAUAGAAAAGAAGAAGGAGGAACAAACAAAUGCCCCACCUGCUACACCCAAACAGAAGCCCACGGCCAGUGUACCGGCCUGCCAUGAAGUCCAAGGGUACAUGCCCGGUCGAUUAGAAUUCGAAACAGAAUACUUCAACGAGGCUGAAGAAGCCGUGCAACAUAUGCAAUUCGACCCGGGUGAUGGACUCAACCCACGGACAGGCGAGCUGGAACCGGAGAUGGAGCUCAAGGCGACUAUCAUGGAAAUCUAUAAUUCGCGCCUGGAUGCGCGUGUCGAGCGCAAAAAGAUUAUAUUCGAGCAUAAGCUAUUAGAGUAUCGGAAGAACGCUGCGGCUGACAAGAAACGAACCAAGGAGGAACGCGAUCUACUCAAUAAAGCGAAGCCAUUCGCGCGCAUGAUGAAACACGACGACUUUGAGAAGUUCUGCGAAGGCUUAGCGUACGAGCACAGCCUUCGUCAAGCCAUCUCCUCUCUCCAAGAAUGGAGAAACAUGCAAAUCACCGACCUUAAACAAGGCGAGAAAUACGAGCAAGAGAAGCAGACGCGGCAAUCUCGAGGUCCUCCGCUAGGCCAAUUCGAUCGGUUAGCAUCCAACCGAAUGAGCAAGCCCACGCCUCCCUUCGAGACGCCGUCGGCGUCGUCAGCACUGACCGCUCCCGAGCUACCUCUGCAAUUACGGCAAAAGAGCGGCCUUUCUACACCACCCCCCGAUCAACCCAACGGCACCGCCAACGGUACCAAUGGCGUAUCGACCCCACAGCACGCCAAAACAAAGUUUGUCCCCAAGCCCCUCACCAACACCGUUCCUCUAAAAUUCGGCCGCGAAUCAGCCUCGGACCUCCAGUUGUUGAGUCCCGAGGAAGUGGAGAUAUGUCGAGUCUUGCGCAUCAUGCCAAAACCGUACCUAGCCAUCAAGGAAAACAUGAUCCGGGAAGCCAUGAAACAGGGUGGCAUUCUUAAGAAGAAGACUGCGAGAGACAUUGGUAAAAUCGAUGAGCGCAAAACGGGACAGAUUUUCGACUUUUUCGUGCAUAGUGGGUGGAUUGCUCGGGCAUGAUGAACAUGGCAUGGCCAGUGGAUUCGAUUCCGUUAUAACGAUGUUGAAGAAUUGAUUGAGCGCAUAUUGGCUGGCGUUGAAUUGGUUGGCUCUCUUU